AUGGGAAAUGACGGGACUAUUGUGCAGAUCCCAGGAUCCCAAAAAGAAUACCGCGUGCCCAUAAAUGUUCGAUUUUCGAAGGGUAUGGGGUCCAGCGGACAAGCGAAUUCCCUGAUCUGUGAAUCAGGCACAAAGAUGGCACACCGGUUCACUGCCGAGGCAUCCCUAACGGCUCAAUAUGCCGGUGUCAGCGCGUCAGCGUCAGCGCAAUAUGAUUAUGGGCGAGUAUUCAAAGUUGACAGCCUGUAUGGAAUGUACAGCUUCAACCAGGAGACUUACCAUGCAUUUUUGGCUGAUGCGGCCACGAAUGAGUUUCUUAAUCAGAAUUUGACCGAAGACAUUCGAGGCCUCCCACAAUGGGACCCUAACACAAGUUUCGAGAAGUACUCUAGCUUUUUCGAGGAUUGGGGGACUCACCUAAUUGUCAGAUGCACAGCUGGAACACGAUACCAGCUCUGCAUUGAGAAAGAAAAUAUGAAAGAGGAGAGAAAAACGGCCUUUGCAGCAAAUAUCAAUUUUGAAUAUAAGGGCAUAGUAUCCGCUGAGGCAAAAAUUACCAACCAGCUUGAGUACGACGAGUAUCGCAACACCCGUCGAUACCAGUGCAAAGUCCUCGGGGGCAACCCUGCGAACAACGGAAACCUAGCACAGGACCCAACUGAUAAGGACAAGUUCAUUGCGUGGCAGGGUAGCCGGAGGAACGCCGAGGAUGACGCGAUAGUCAAUAUGGAAGUGCAAAGCAUUGGCCAAUUUCUCAAGGGCAGCCGGGUUCCUGAGCUGAAAGAUCAAUCGUUGCGCCUUAUACAAGCAACUGAGUAUCUCUCGAAAUUCCGGAAGCUCAAGGGAGUGUUCUCUGCGAUUGACAUGGUUUCGGAAUUUGAUCAGGCUGAACUCAAAGUCGAUGCUCCACCUGGCAUAAACAUCAAAGCCACCAGUGUAUCCGAUGGCUGGGAAGCCACAUCACUGGCCCCUAAUCAUUUGAAGUUUCAACAUUCACUGAGGGGCUCAACCCUGUUCGUGGAUGUCGAGAUCUAUGCUCCCAUGGUGGCAGUUGAUGUUACGGCUGGAGCAAAUUGCAAAGACAAUGUGGCGAGACUUGCUCUCAGUCCCACUGGGGGAAAAUAUCGAACAAUCAUCUAUGGAAAGGGAGCCCACAAAACUCGUGUGCCUCGCUUGGACGAACCUGGAAAAUGGUUUGCUCCGCCAGCCAACUGCCAUGGAUGA